AUGGCUCGAGGUGGACGAGGAAGUCCAGUCCCUCGCCGGCCAGUUGACCUGACUGGCAUUCUCUCCAUUGCCGAGAAAAACGAUCUCACCACUCUUAUCACUGCAAUCACAGAGAAGCUUCACAACGACAUCAGCGUCAUAUUUGAUUCUCCGCCUGUCACACCUACUCUGGGAGACUUAGGCGAUAUCGGCCAUCACCACUGGCUGGCUUUGUCACUCAAGACGAAUGGAAAAGAGAAUGUGAAACCUCGAACUCCUUCUAUGUGCAAACCUGUAACAAAGGUGUCACAGAAGAGCGUCGAUACAAGCCAGUCCCCCGAUAAGGACAGCUCGGAGAACAUCACACCUCAGUUGAGGGAGCUUAAGAAAGAGGCUCUUAUCUUCUUCCGAAAAUGGCAGUCAAUCUUUCUGCAGCGUCUUCGCGAUAUAAGUGUCAUGGAGUCAAACGGUUCUCAAUCUAACAGCCGUAGUCGUGGACGUGGCACUGCGCGAGCUGCACGAGGUACUCCCCGCACCCCUUCUAAUCACGUUGAUCGCGAACUAUCUCGACGUUUUCCCCCUAUUCCGACUUCCCUCUGGACUUUGCCACUCGAUAAGCGCAAACUAUUGCUGCACAUUUCGCUUUUGAUUCUUAUCUCACUUCAGGAGUAUACUGCAUAUGCUCGUAUGACUCUUCUGAACCUGACCUCAUCCCUGAACCUCCCCUUGAAGGUGCUUCAUGAGGAAGAGAAGCGUAUCGCAGAGGGUUUCAGUCAACUUGCAGUUGAUGCAGCCAUUGAGCAAGCAUCUGAGCCGAACCAAGAUGAGAAUAAGCCUGUCCUGAAAUCGAAGGCACGAAUUGCUGCUAUGACUGGCCCCUUCCGACUUGGAACACAGCUUAUUGCCGUAGGUAUCGGAACUCCUCAUGGCGGGCUGGGACUACGACUUCCAAACGCUGCUGGGCUCUUGGGACCUAUGGCAGAUAACGGCCCUUCUACUGGCUCAAUGCUUGGGAUCUAUAUGGCAAGACCCACUGAGAAAUUGAUUGAGUCGUUUUCCCGAGAGAUCCAAGACUUUGGGCUUGUUCCGACCCGCGGAGGCCUUCAAGGGGAUUAUGUUGACGCAAAAGCUAUCCCAGCCAGCUGCCGACGAUUACGCUUGGUGAUUGCUAUGAACGGUUGGGUAACAGACAAGUAUAAUCUCAUUGGCCCUUGGAAGAUUCUUGGAGAUAAUGGGGAGGUUUAUGUCCUGCGAUGGGAAAUGAACGUCCUUGCCAACAUAGGUACUGCCCUCGAGACAGUUGUGAAAAGCUCAGCCUGGACCGCUGCCCAGAAAGCCAUAUCUUCGCGAACAAUUUUCAAAAGCCUUAUCGAAGCCACCUGGCCAACCGAGCUCAUGAAAGUGAGCAAGAUUAUCGACAACCCCUGGAGCAUGGGCAUGGUCCGCGCCGAGAAAGCUGGAGCGGUGCUUGCCGACGCUGUAAUGCGCAGCAAGAUUCAGGGAGACCGUCCUGUAUCCCUUAUUGGGUUCAGCUUGGCAGCCCGAGCUAUCUACGUUUGUUUGAUGAUUCUUGCUGAGAGGCGUCAGUUCGGCCUCAUCGAUUCCGUCGUCUUGAUGGGCACACCCGCUCCCUCAGAGAGCCGGGUUUGGUUAACCCUCAAGAGUGUUGUGUCUGGUCGGCUAAUCAACGUCUAUUCAGAAAGCGACUAUCUUUUAGGAUUUUUGUAUCGUACCUCCAACAUUCACUUCGGCGUGGCAGGCCUGCAACGAAUCCAGGGAGCAGAUGGUGUCGAGAACCACGAUGUUAGCAACCUUGUGAACGGACAUUUGCGUUAUUCCACCCUGGUUGGGAAAAUUCUCAAGGAUAUUCACUGGGAGGACCUGGACCUGAACGCCUAG